CCCAUUCUCCAUCACCGGUGAAGACGGUGAAGGAGCACAAUCACUACAAACGCCGUUUGAAUCCAGAGUAUGUGACAUCAUUUAGGAAUACCGGAAGAGCGGCACCAAUCAUGAUCGUCCAGGACUUUUUCACACCAGAUUGAAGUGUAACCUUAAAGUGGUGGACGAACACAUUACCAGAAAUGACGGGUACAUGAUAGUCACGCGCAUAUAAACAGCUUAGGAUUCUACCACAUGACUUAAAGUAAAACUACAUACUGGAAGUAGUGAACGCGAGUUUAAGACAUUACAUGGACACAUUUUUAACCAUCCCGUGGCGUGAAGAAUGUCGGGAAUUUUCCGGGACGUGAAGUAAAUUUCAACUGCCUUCGUUAUGUUUACAUUAAAGUUUAAACUGAUCAUAAUGAAUUGUAUGUAACCGGAGUAAAGUUUAUGCGCUCUGUUUAAUUUUACUUAGAGAUUUAUAUUCACAAAUGCUCACACAUCCGUUAAGAUAUGUGAAUUGCGGGCAAGUACCCACUAUCCGCUGUCAUAAAUUUAGACUAAACGUAAAGCAAAUUGAUUUGGAAUAUUUCUACAUGUUGGUAUAUUUAUUUAAAUCGCAAAGAUGUUUUCGAAAAAGCGCUGGUUUAGGAAAAAAAGGAAUCUGUGCUGUGAUGAUAUGCGCCAGCGGGUAUACAUCGAUCAAGAUAUUUCAUGCAAUCACGUGAACACAACUAUUGAAAAUGAAAACACCGUUUGGAAGUUACGAGGGUGUCAGGGCGAGUCAAGUCCAUACCUAAAACCCCUGUGUCGAGAGUUGAUCAUGAAGGAAACUGUGCUUUGUGGUCCAGAUAUUAAAUCCCGCCCCCUUUUACCUUUGCCAUCAACUCCACCAAGCAACGAUAUCUACGAUUAUAUCAGUGAUUAUAUACAACCAGGGAGUCCAUGCGAGAUUCAGGAACGCACACAUUACGAGCGAAGAACUGUUGAAUUUAAAGAGCUUAUUAUAACAUGCGUGGACGUCCUACAGAUACUGCCUCAUCUGACGUUUGUCGAGUAUCCUCAGUCAUACAGAAUCGUGGCAAAUACUAAAAGUGGACGAGAGGCAACACAAACUCUUAUCGAUGAUAUUCAGAAAAGCGAAGUACCUGGAAGAUGGAGACAAUUUGUUCAGGCUCUUGAACGCUGUGGAUAUGAUUAUGUUGUAAAGUGCAUUAAAGGCCAACUUGUUCAAGACAAGUCCUGCCAAAAAGAGUUUUUGAAAAUAAUGAGCGUGGCCAUUAGAAAAUGUAUUACUCCAACGGAGCUUACACCUUUUCUAUGGGCGCAUGGAGUGAUAAAUGAUGAGGACAAGCAAAGAAUUGAAUGCCAGCAAACUACACAUGGAGAGAUUCAAGCGGCGGAUAUGUUGUUGGAAAUAAUUCCAACGAAGGUCGAAAACUGGUACAGACUUUUUGUAGAUUCACUGCUAACUGCAAAAUUGACAGACGUUGCAAAAUUAUUGGAUAUUCACGAAAUAAUGGAUAUACCUUCAGCGGAUCAGACUUCGACAUGCAAAACAGAAUUGGUUAUAUCAAAGUCUGGUUCUGGUUCUGAAAACAUAUGUGCAAAUCCUAAUGGACAAAAGUCAAUACCUGUGUUGGAAAAGAUAUCAGCAAUAGUUUACGUUCCGGAAGGUACAACCGACGCCAACGUUAUUGCCAUUCAAGGGAGAACAACUAACCCGCAACUAUUUCAAACUUAUGACGAGCAAUAUGAAGGUCCUGAGGAUGCAGCUUUGUUUUGUUCAGGUAAACACUCCUCUGACAUCGAAAUGAAAUACCAGGAGUUACAUUAUGAGAAUGUGAAGGGUUCGAUAGAAAAUAUCCACAGCACGAAAUGUAUAAUUUCACAAAACUGUGAUAUUGACAAACCUGGAAAAAGUUCCAGCGGCGGAAGUAAACAAAAAGAUUCGUGCGAAGAAAAUAAGAAUGCGCCACCUCUUCCUCCGAGGAUAACCCUAGAGGAAGAAGCGGCUGAAAAAAGUGAGAGUGAGACAUGCGAUUUUUACAUGAUUUUUCCUGCUCACAAGGAUAUCAAAAAUUUUGACAAACCUGGAAGAUGUUCCAGCGGCGGAGCACAAAAAGAUUCGUGCGAAGAAAAUAAAAAUGCGCCACCUCUUCCUCCGAGGAUAACCCUAGAUUUUGACAAACCUGGAAAAAGUUCCAGCGGCGGAAGUAAACGAAAAGAUUCGUGCGAAGAAAAUAUCAAUGCGCCACCUCUUCCUUCUCAGAGGAUAACCCUAGAGAAAGUAGAGGCUGAAAAUAGUGACAGCGAAACAUAUGACGAUUGUUACUUGAUUGCUACAGCUCACAAGGAAAUCAAACAUUCGGCUAGACUCGAAACCUUUGUAGGAAAAUGUGCCUCAGAUCCCACUUACAAAGCUUCAAAGGAACCGAGCCUGUCACCAGAAAGAACAUUGCUAACUCAAGACGUUUUCUAUAGCGAGUCAUCGAAGAAAAUUCAAACAGUAAACAAUUUAACGGAAAAAGUUAAAAAGAACGAAGUAAACACUACUUUCACAAGACAAAAAUUGCCAAAGGAAGUUGGGACACAUAAGCCGGUCAGGUAUGCUUCAUCUCUACAAUUACUUAAAGACAGUCUAUGUUUAAAAGACCUCGCUGACGCUGAUUGUGAUCAACUUUUAAUCGAGAAGGAGCGAUUUAAACGAGCAACGGAGCGGUUACAAGCAGAACUAGAACAUCUAGAGGACAUACAUCAAUUGAAACAUGUCAUAACUGAAAUGGGAGCAAAGAAAGUACAACUAGUUAGAGAUGUUUCCAAAGUCGAUGAAAAAUACUUUGCUUUGCGGGAAGAUAUUUUAGAUAUUACAGAAGGCAAGGUUCAUAUGGAAGUGUCAGACGAGCAAUAUUCGGAUAAAGGACUUUAUUCUGCAAAGCAAUUGUCACAGACCACGUUAGAAAAAGAAACCACACGAAACGAACAAGUAACAGACCUGCCCAAUGACGAGUACAGACAAGUGGUAAAACCCAAUCGAAAAUUUCAUUCGUACAAGGAUUCAGCUUAUAUGUCUGACAUGGGAACCAUGUAUGAGGAACAGGAAACUGCAGAAGAUUAGAAGGGUUUUCAGUGACUCAAUCAUCCUUGUUCUCUUUUCCAAACUUUUCAUAGUCAUUUUUUUAUUUAACCGUUGUAAAUAUUAGUGUCAGUGCUUUGACUAACAUUUAGAAAUAUUUUAAAGCAAGUUUGAAACGUACUUUUACCCAUUGGAUCAUCGACGCCGGGCGUUUCCAGUCUGAUUACAGCUAUGCAAAACCAUCAAUUCAUUUGCCUACCUACUUUUUCGAAGAUUGGCAGAAUGUCCCGUGCUUGUAUAACUUCUAUAUUAAAGCUUUGUUCAUUUUGUUCGUUCGGUGCAGUACGACAUCCAUGUUAUGUAACUGCGUUGUCCGGCGACAUUUGUCAUCUAUUGACGACUUUUCUUCCGAAACAAGUUCGGCAUAUCUUUGAACAUCUACCCAUCUCGUUCUGGCGUGUAACAUUAAAUAGUAGUCAUAAUAAAGGGUUACUUCAUAAGAAAUGAUAAUGAAUUUAGCUCAAUUUUUAAGGUUUCGUUUUAAAAAUUGUAAACCCAUCGAUAUAUUUUUGAAGUAGAAAUCGUCUUUAAAGGAAAUACCUUUACUAUGUCAAACCUACCUAUUUGUAAAGGAUAUCCAAAACUGUUAAGUCAUUUAUACGUACGUUUACGUUACGUGCUGAUUGUUGUAUAAUAGCACAAGUAGCACUCGUUUAAUAACGCUUAAACAUAACGUUUAUCAUAUGCAUGCACUAUUUCAUUUGUAAUAAUAACAAUGUAUAUUGGCAUGUUCCAAAUUAUCUUUAACAUGUCAUUGCGAACAGUAUUAAAACAUGUAUUGUAUCGAUGUUACCAUGACCGUAAUGGAAGUAGUGCUGUACCCUUAGUAGAAUGGGUAAUAGUUUCCAUGAUGAAGGGGAGAUUAAUUCAGUAAACCUUAAAAUAUGACAUUUCGCUGUAAACCCCCCCACCCUUAAAAUAAUCAUGUAUGUCGUUAUAUUCCCCCAACAUUGCGUAUUUGCUGUUACAUCCCUUGUGUUAUUAAAUGACAUCUUUUACUACUAUUGAAUUUUAUAUCUUUGUUCAAAUGUAUUGUUACGGUUCUCGCUUAUAUAUGUUGUAUAUUUGAUACGUGUUUCUUCGUGUUUUCUUCACGAAACCUGACUAUGACUGU